CUCGGGAUCCGAUGAAUUUAGAGUAUCGUCGGGACCCGAGGCCUUUGAGAAUGAUCCCGUCCAACUCCAUCUUCAUGUCGCAAUCCGGAUUUAGUACACCUUUUUGAAGAUGAGUGAAACAGAACCUAGCGUUCCAUUGGAGCGACGACAGGCAUGCGAUAACUGCAAGGCCAGAAAGACUAAGUGCGACAGACGAUCGCCAUGCGCAAGCUGUGUAACCCUUAAUGUUGCUUGCCGGACUACGCGCCGAGCACCCGAGAAGCGGCAGCGGGUUCUUCUAUCAUCGAAAUACGAUGAAGCUGUUCAGGAUGUCGGGCGUCAGCUCAGCGACGUCAAAGAAAUGCUUCAACGUCUCCUGAUAAGCAAGGAUAUCACACCAGCUCCGAAAGAGACGUUGACAGAACAGACCCAUAAUACCCCGCCAGCUAUGAUUGACGAACAAGUGCCUAGUUUAUCUACUGUCCGCGAAGGCUAUAAUGGCGAUCCUUCUUUCCAGUCGCAUGCCCACCGAAUCAAAAAUGCAUUGGAGACAGCUCUCGCCACUUCCGAACUCAUCAAUGUCGAGGCUCUAGGUGCACCUACAGCUAUAUCUCCACAAGGAGUCGCAGAAUUACUUCAUGACGCGGAUCCACCCGAUCAUGCCGUAUCGGAUCGUGGUCCUCAUACACCACCUCAGCCUACGUACGGCACAGAACUUGGGAAUCUGCCCUUGCCUCCAAUAGACCUUGUUCUCAAAAUUCUACGCCUAGCCAAAGUUCACAAACAGCAGUUUUUCGUUGACUUUCCAAUUUUUAAAGAAGAUGAAUUCAUUGAAAUAUGCCGUGGGGUCUACUUCGCAACGGAGCCAAUCUCGCUUUGGACAUGGAUAUGCGUCAACAUUGGACUCUACUAUCUUUUCUUUGGCGUUGACGAAGGUGAAUGUAGGCGGAUGGGUACGACUGUCGAAGCAAUACGAUCGCAUGGUAAGUUGCUGAAGGAGAAUAUCGAAACGGCAAUGCAAAGUCUUCGCUUAUGUUCAGAGCCCUCAACGGAAUCAUGUCGAGCUCUAUCAUUACUUGGGACAUUUUACCUGAAGGACGGACAUAACACAAUUGCGUGGAGGUUAAUCAGCGCUGCUGCAAGAGCUUGCUUGGACUUGGGCUUUCAUCGCCUGUCUGAUAACCUAGACAGUGAGGAUACUAGACGGAAAAGCUCCAUCUUCUGGCACAUAUACACCUGGGAAAAGGGGCUCGCCAUGACAUCAGGUAGAACACCUAUUAUACACCAUUACGAUGUUACCACACCCCAUCCCGCUACGUUAGCGGAAUACAUCAACGCUCCACGACGGGUAUACGGCGCUAUAUUAGAUUACGCAAUCAUCACCGGGGAAAUUCAACAAAAGCUGUUUUCAGCGUCGGCACGAAACCUACCACACGAAACUCGCCUUCAUCAUGUGCGGGAACUUGCUUCUAGGCUGAAAGCGAUUCAGGAUUCUGUCGUAGCGACAAGACAAGAUCCAUCAUGGGACAAGAUGUACGGCGGCGCCGCUGGGUUACUCAAUAUCAUCAUGCACUCGCUAUUGACCAUUGUAUAUCGGAUACUGCCACCAAAUUCCGUGCAACCUCAUCCGCUACAAUGCUCAGUUGAAUGCAUAGAUGCAGCGCGCAAAGCCUUAUCUAGGUUCGUACAGCUUGGCGAGGAACGACUAAAGGAUGAUUUGGUUGGGUGGACCAUGUUGUUAAAUGUGAUCUUGUCGCUAGCACCCUUUGUACCAUUUAUCGUUUUAGCUGGUAAUGCCAUUGCCACGUCGUCUAAUGCUGAUUUAGCUCUCUUAUCUUCGUCGGUCUCGGUUCUAGGCCAGGGGGCGGCUGAUUCUCCAAGCACUCAAAAGAUACAUGACGCUUGUGAGAGACUCGGUCGCGUCGCUACCCUUAUAGUAUCGAGCGCCAACGAAAGUUCGUCCUUAAAAGCUGCCGAGUUUCAGGGACAAGCUUCUAAUAAUGGCUUCCCUCUCGACAAUCCAAAUGAGGACCCGAGCAUAUAUAAUGGUGGGCGUCCAAUCUCUGAAGACUAUGGGUUUCCCAUGGCGCAACAAGAUUGGGAUAGUGUUAUGAUUGGAUUUGAGUCGGAACUGGGAAGUUACGGUUCUAGGGAGUUGACAAAUAUCAUAGAGCCAUAUAUCGCGAAUACGGGUUGGUGAUUUGGGGAUAGCAUAUUUAGACUUAGGGUUUAGGGUACAAAUUGGCGUUAGGAUUUCCUCGCAUCAUCAUUAUAGAAUAAAUACAUAAAAUAAUUAUGAAUUAUAAUGUUUCGGCAGAGC